CCCCCGUGGGGACAUCGGGGCCCCCGCGGGGACACGGCGGGCAUGGGUGGCUUCGGGGGGCUCGUGGCCACGCUGCUCUGGGGGGUUUUGGUCGCUGUCGCCGUCGGUGACCCCGCCCCGGACCCUCCCUCUCACCUCCUGGCCGAGGUCCUGACGUGCCAGCCGGACUCUCCCUCUCGCUCGCUCUCGGUCACUCUGGACGGUCAGACUCUCUACGCCUUCGAUUUCCCGGGAUCCCGCUGGAAUCCCGGGAUCCCCUCGCUGCCCCCCUGGCCCUCGGCACUGGAGACCCCCCAGGAGAUCCUUCCAGAGGCCCAACUGUGCCAGGAGAUCCUGCAGAACAUCAGCCAGGCGCUCACCGGGAAAGUGCCCGAGGCCAGGGGAAUCCCGAUGGUCUCCGUCUUCCCGGCUCUCCCGCCGGUUCCGGGCGAACCCAACACUUUGGUGUGCGUGGUGGAGAACAUCUUCCCGCCGGCGCUGGACAUCAGCUGGACGCUGGCCAGAGUCCCGGUCACUCAAGGGGUCACUCACAGCCCCUACACCCCCACGGCCGAGCUGACCUUUGUCCGGUUUUCCUACAUUCCCUUCGUUCCGGCCGCCGGCGACGUCCACGCCUGCGUGGUCACCUCGCGGAGGGACAACGCCACCGUGGUGACCUAUUGGGUGGCUCCGGACACGGCGCUGGACGAGCAGCUGGACGCGGCGCUGGCCGGAGCCGCCAUGGCCUUGGGAAUUGUCCUGGCGCUGCUCGGGGUCAUCCUGGUCUUGGUGGCGCGGAGGGGCAGAGGGGGUUGAGACGAUCCAUGUGGGAAUUGGGAAUUUGGGAAGAAAACCCCGCUUUUCCUCAAUAAAUCCCGUGGUUUUGGCA